GGUUCUCGAUCUACAACUAUGGCACUCAACAAUAGUUUCCUUGUUUCUCUUCUCAUAACACUUGCAGGUCUUCACGCCGCUCAUGCAGUUGACUACACAGUCACUAACAACGCUGGAUCAAGCGCUGGUGCCGUCCGAUUCAACAACGAGAUCGGAGCAGACUACAGCUUGCAAACGCUAGCCUCUGCGGCUGACUUCAUAUGGAAAGUCUUCCAGCAAAGCGCGGUUGCUGAUCGAAAGAGCGUAGACAAAGUCAGCUUGUUCAUCGACAACAUGGACGGCGUAGCGUAUGCUUCUAACGGCGAGAUUCAUGUUAGCGCCAGCUACAUAGCAGGCUACUCAGGCGACGUGAAGAAGGAGUUUACAGGUGUGCUCUACCACGAAUCGACGCACGUAUGGCAGUGGAAUGGGAAUGGUCAAGCCCCAGGUGGUUUGAUUGAAGGAAUUGCAGACUUUGUGAGGUUGAGGGCUGGGUAUGCACCGAGUCACUGGGUUCAACCAGGUGAUGGAGAUAGAUGGGACCAAGGUUAUGAUGUUACUGCCAGGUUUCUGGAUUAUUGUACUACUUUGAAAGACGGGUUUGUUGCAGAGUUGAACAACAAGUUGAAGACUGGUUAUAGUGUUAACUUCUUUGUUGAAAUCUUGGGGAAGAACGUUGAUCAGCUAUGGGCUGAUUACAAGGCUAAAUAUGGCAAAUAGAAAUCCCCUACCUGUUUCUACACUUGUACCCAAUAAAUUAAUACUGACUGAUCAAAGUAUAUGAAUAAAUUAUUGUAUCAGUAAACAUCAUAAUACGAUUGAUGG